CAGAUUUGGUUACGAAAGAAUUGAUUACAAGUAAAAAACAGUUUCAGGUAUCUUCMCUCUGUAUAUCAUGAACAGCAUCCAUUUUUGUGCGCUUAUCCUGACAUUCAUAUUAACACUUUUUGUGGCAUGGUAUUUUCUAAAAUGGUUGUUUCCAAAACCGCUAGUAAGCRAUUUCAAAAACAAGUUUGUCUUAAUCACUGGCUGCGACUCGGGAUUUGGAAGGAUGUCUGCUAUUCGCUUGGACAAGAUGGGAUUCCAUGUGAUUGGCACUUGUCUUACAAAAGAAGGCAAAGAAAACCUUGAAUCAGUUUGUAGUGAUCGUUUGGUUGGUAUGUUAAUGAACGUAACUGACUCCAAACAGAUUCAUGACGUCUUUGUCAAGGCGAAGGACAUUGUGGAUGAUAAAGGUAUAUGGGCAGUGGUGAACAAUGCCGGUUUCAUGACCGUUGGUCCAAUAGAAUGGUACAAAAUGGAAGACUUCAGAAAAAUGGCCGAUGUAAACCUUUSGGGGUUGAUAGAAGUGACCAAAACAUUUCUGCCAUUGGUGAAGAAGGCUCAAGGACGGAUUGUUAACUUUUCAAGCAUUUUAGGAUUAGUGGGYUGGAACAACAUGGCUCCCUACUGCAUUGCCAAAUAUGGUGUGGAAGCAUUCUCUGACACUUUGCGCCGUGAAAUGAAAAGAUGGAAAGUCAAAGUGUGCAUUAUUGAGCCACAGGGCUUUGAAACUCCACUACUGGAUGAAAUGUUUGAAAAGAAGUUAGAUCGUUUGUGGGAUGGUGUCAAUGAUGAAAUCAAAAAGGAGUAUCGCGAAAUCUUCACCAAAAUGCGCGAUGGCAGGGGAAGAGAGGCCUUAUCGAAAGGAAUCAGCCCUGAUGUCCAUCUCGUCAUUAACGCUGUUGUUGAUGCAGUAGCAAAUGUAGAUCCAUCGCCACGAUAUCUUGUCGGUCCGUUUGCAAAAUUUGUAGCUCUUAUUUCCCACUUGCCAACCGUUUUGCAAGAUAAAUGCGUCGGAUGAAUCUCUAUCUUAUUUGUUUAAUUUCAUCAAAAUAAUGUAGAUACUUAGGGAAGUAUCACAAUUCUUUAUCGAGUUGCACGCUGGUUUCAGCUGAGAUUCCAAACUGUUGCGCUAUUGAUCAUUUGGCAACAAAAGUCUCAAAGACUUGACCGUGACUUAUCAACUUAUACUUCAAAAACAAAUUUUCGUGAAAAAAAAGAAAUGAACCCCGAGAUCCCUUAWCGUGACGUUUUGUCCGAGCUAGAGCAAGAUUAGAAAGAAUUCUCUCUUAUAUAAGUGCAAUAAAAGGAAUAUAUGUU